UGUUCAACAGCCCUCAGCUCUCUUUGUUAUGCAAAUGACGACUGUGCCGUUGCCUAGUACCUCUGCUUUCCAGCCCAGUGGAAAAAUGUGUGUAAUUGUAAAUGUCAUCUGUCUAUAUCUCUCAGUGGGGGGUCACAAUCAAACCAUUUUCAGUUGGAGAUUAGAGAGGUUCAGAAGCUGAGAGGAGAAUUUCAAUGUUUGCUGCGAUGACACCAGGUUCAAAUCACACACUGGCAUUCACAAGGACAGGAUUUGAAAGGAAUUGCUGUGGACUGUGCCAACAUCAGAAAUCCAGAUCUGAAAAUAUUUGCUAUUUUUCACAUUCAAGACCAAGGGAGGAAAAUCAUACAAAGUCUCCUGGCUUUAGGACACGUGUGAAGUUUUGCUUCAAGGACAGGUUGAGGAUGGAGCAGAGGGAGAGGAUUGGGGAUCCAGCCGCUGAAGUUGCAGAGGGGAAGCUCAAGGAUUUGGCCUCCAAGUGGUUCAUAGACACCCAGCUGCCUCUUAUUGUCAACAACGGACUCUUCCCUAACUGGUUCCUGGGCUUCAUCAGCAGAAGAGAUGCUGAGGACAUGCUCAGAGAAAAGGAGUUUGGCUGUUUCCUAAUCCGACUCAGUGAUAAAGCUAUCGGCUAUAUUCUUUCUUACAAAGGCAGAGAUCGAUGUCGACACUUUGUAAUAAGCCAGAGUGAGUCGGGACAGUUUGCAGUCUGCGGAGACACGGAGGGACACAACACUAUGUUUGAUCUAAUAGAACACUAUAAAACAAAACCCAUCGAGCCCUUUGGAGAGUACCUGACGUCUCCGUGCUUUGGGGAUCUCAGUGAGGACCUCUACGACACCAUCAAGGUUGCCCCCAAAGAAAAACCAGAGGCUCCUCUUCGACCGGUGAAGAAAGUACAUAAGCAACAGAUUAACCCGGUUCCAGAGCAUCAUCCAAUGCCGGUUCCAAGGAGCAACAGAACUCAAGAGGAAGGACCACCUUUGCCACGAAGGACCAGACCUGUUGAGAGCAACUCAGUCAGUGACAAUGAUGGGGUUCUGUAUGCUCAGCUUAGGAAGCAAACACCCAGGGACGCACCUAGAGCCCGCCAACCCACCAAGGACAGGUCUCCAGGCAAAGCCGGGAGGCUGACUUCCAAGGAAAACAACAAUGGGAGGAGUAGUCCUCCAUCAGACCCUGAAUCUGUCUACUCUGAGCUCAGUAUGCUCGAUAGCAAGAGCAAGUCACUGCCUCUACUAGACAACAGCUCUGACAGCGAGCUGUGCUACAGACUGAGCGUUCCUCCUGACACACCACCAAGACUUUCCCCUAGGCCAGUCAGGCCGGCCUCCAGCAGCAUCUCUCAGUCUAAUAGCAGUCACAGCUUGGACGACCAGAGCGAUCAUUCCAUCUAUCACCUGGCUGGCGGCCAUAGCCCAACGCCCUCCGAAAAUGCAUCAUCCACAGAGCACCUCAGUGACUCCCUGUACGCUGAAGUGUCAAUCGAAGGCCCUGUCAUCGAUAACGACGGCACAUAUGAGAUCCUCCCCGACCACAAGGAGCCUGCUAAGCCCAAAGCCAGCAGCAACACUUAUGACCCUGAGGAGACAAAACGCAAAUCUAACACUGGAUCCUGGGGGAUAAAGAAUGACAAAUGGAAAUGGCUCUUCCCUGAGAUGAAGAAGAAAUAAGAAACCACCUAAGAAAAGAAAAUGUUUACCUAAUUUCUUUUGUUUAACACUACUUUGCUACAUGUGUUUUUUUUUUCACUUUCAAUGUACAUAUUUAUUUAAAAUGGAACCCUCGUCCAUCUAACUAAAUGUA